AUGGCAGCCGUGGACAAAGACGUGGCUGAGAAGUUUCUGGACAGCAACCCUGAGUUUGCCAAGCAGUACUAUGAUACCAAGUUCCGCCCGAAGGUCAUCUCGGACCUUUUCAAAGACAACAAGACUUCCCAGGUGAACACCAGCAGCUUCCACGAGCUGAGCACAGUGGAGGAGAGUGAGAUCAUAUUUGACAUGGUCAGAGACCUGCAGGACAACAUCCAGAUGGAGAAGGCUAUCUUCAACUUCAUGAAACAUCUCAGCUUCAUGAUACGGUCAGAGAAGAUGAGCCUGUUCAUGUACCGGAUGCGUAACGGCACGGCCGAGCUGGCCACGAGACUCUUCAACGUGCACAAGGACGCCACCUUGGAGGAGUGCCUGGUCCAGCCAGACAGUGAGAUAGUCUUUCCCAUGGACAUCGGCAUUGUGGGCCAUGUGGCCACCACCAAGAAGACUGUCAACAUCCCAGAUGUCUCAGAGAGCAGCCACUACAGUGACUUUGUGGACCAGAUCCAAGAAUACCAGACCAAGAGUGUCUUGGCUACCCCCAUCAUGAACGGCAAGGACAUGGUGGCUGUUAUGAUGGCUGUGAACAAGAUUGGAGCUCCACACUUCACUAAGCAGGAUGAGGAGACUCUGUUGAAGUAUCUCAACUUUGCCAACCUGAUCCUAAGAGUGUUCCAUUUGAGCUACCUUCACAACUGUGAGACCAGAAGAGGACAGGUCCUGCUCUGGUCUGCCAGCAAAGUGUUUGAGGAGAUGACAGACAUUGAGAGACAGUUCCACAAGGCCCUCUAUACCAUCAGGGAUUUCCUUAACUGUGAACGUUACUCUGUUGGCCUCCUGGACAUGACCAAGACUAAGGAAUUCUAUGACCUUUGGCCUGUGCUAAUGGGAGAGGUGCCUCAAUACGAUGGACCCAAGACUCCUGAUGGCAGAGAAAUAAACUUCUACAAAGUGAUUGAUUACAUUUUACAUGGAAAAGAGGAGAUCAAAGUUUUACCCAACCCUGCUCCGGACCACUGGGCUCUGGUCAGUGGCCUGCCCACCUAUGUGGCUAAGGAGGGACUGAUCUGUAACAUUAUGAACGCGGCACAAGAUGACUUCUUCAGCUUCCAAAAAGGGCCCGUGGAUAGCUCCGGCUGGAUCAUAAAGAACGUCCUGUCCCUCCCCAUCGUGAAUAAGAAGGAGGAAAUAGUCGCAGUAGCCACCUUCUACAACAGGAAAGAUGGGAAACCCUUUGACGAGCAGGAUGAAACUCUGAUGGAGUCUCUCACCCAGUUCCUUGGCUGGUCUGUGCUCAACACAGACACCUAUGACAAGUGGAACAAGCUGGAGAACAGGAAGGACAUCUUCCAGGACAUGGUGCUGUACCACAUCAAGUGCAGGACGGAUGAGACCCAGAAUGUAUUGAAUACCAGGGAGAGGUAUGGAAAGGAACCACAUGAGUGUGAGGAGGUGGAACUGGAAGCAAUCCUGUCGGAAGUUCUUCCACCCUCUUCCAAGUCGGAGCUCUUUGAGUUUCACUUCUGUGACUUUGAGCACAGUCAUCUAGACCUGGUCAAGUUAGGCAUUAAGAUGUACUAUGAGUUGGGAGUGGUGGACAAGUUCCACGUCCCCCGUGAGACCCUCACCAGGUUCUGUUACUCCCUCAGUAAGGGCUACAGGCAGAUCACCUACCACAACUGGAGUCAUGGCUUCAACGUGGGCCAGACCAUGUUCACUCUGCUCAUGACAGGUGACCUGAAGCGUUAUUACACAGAGCUAGAGACCAUGGCCAUGGUAACAGCCGGGUUAUGCCACGAUGUCGACCACAGAGGCACCAAUAACCUCUACCAGAUGAAGUCUGGAAACCCUCUCGCAAAGCUCCACGGCUCCUCCAUCCUGGAGAGACACCAUCUGGAGACUGGGAAGACCCUGCUGAGAGACCCUGCCUUAAAUAUUUAUCAGAAUCUCAGUCGUGCUCAGCACGAGCAUGUCAUUCAUCUGAUGGACAUCGCCAUCAUCGCCACUGACCUCGCUCUCUACUUCAAGAAAAGAACCAUGUUCCAGAAGAUUGUGGACCAAUCGAAGACCUACGAGACCUGGGAUGAGUGGACCAAGUACAUGACGCAGCAGACCACUCGCAAGGAGAUAGUCAUGGCUAUGAUGAUGACGGCCUGCGAUCUGUCUGCUAUUGCCAAACCAUGGGACAUCCAGAGCAAGGUGGCGCUGUCUGUGGCUGCAGAGUUCUGGGAGCAGGGUGACCUGGAGAGGACUGUACUGGAACAGCAGCCUAUUCCCAUGAUGGACAGGACUAAAUCAGCUGAUCUUCCCAAGAUGCAGUGUGGUUUCAUCGAUUUUGUCUGUGCUUUUGUGUACAAGGAGUUCUCCCGUUUCCAUGUGGAGAUCACUCCCAUGCUGGACCGGCUGCUGAACAACAGGAAGGAGUGGAAUGCUCUGAAGGAGAUACACGAAGCUAAGCUGGCUGCUCUGGAGGAGGCCAAGACAGCCAAGGAGGAGGUAGCUGUUGCAGCCACCGCAGCCAAGCAGGCGAGUGCAGCUGAAGCAGCCCCCCAGUCAAAGACCUGUGUUGUCAACUAG